UUUGCUUUUCUGCUCUGUUAUCAAGCAGCUAACCUUUUAUCGUGUCCACAGAGUCUGUGCUCCACAAAGGCUCAGGCACCAUCGGAAUGGGGCUAACGGAAACUUUCGUAACUUUUCAGUUGGGCUUGUCUCGCAUGCAUCACUUGUUUGCUCUACUUUGUCUUGUUGCUGUUGUCUAUAAAAUAACUGUCUUGCUCGCCAAAAGAAGAGCUUAUUUCCGAAGCAUUGAAGCUUUUCCUGGACCAAAGGGACACUGGCUCUUUGGACAUGUUUUGGAGUUUAAACAAGAUGGGACAGACUUAGAGAAGAUAGUGACAUGGGGACAGGAGUACCCAUAUGCUUUUCCGCUGUGGUUUGGUCCCUUCGUUUGUUUCCUCAACAUUCACCAUCCAGAUUAUGUAAAAACAAUACUGACAUCAACAGAACCAAAAGAUGAUUUUGCAUAUAGGUUUAUUGAGUCUUGGAUUGGUGAAGGUUUACUGGUGUCAAAAGGUCAGAAGUGGUUUCGCCACAGACGGCUUCUGACACCAGGUUUCCAUUAUGAUGUUUUGAAACCAUAUGUAAAAUUGAUGUCAGAUUCUGCUAAAACUAUGUUGGACAAAUGGGAAAGUUAUGCAAACAGCAAUGAGUCCUUUGAAUUGUUUGAACAUGUGAGCCUUAUGACACUGGAUAGCAUCUUGAAGUGUGCAUUCAGCUACAGCAGCAACUGUCAGACAGAGGGUGGAACCAAUACAUACAUCAAAGCAGUGUAUGAACUCAGUGACCUGAUUAACUUGCGGUUCAGGACAUUUCCAUACCACAAUGACUUAAUUUUCUAUCUCAGUCCACAUGGCUAUAGACACAGGAAAGCCUGCAAAGUGGCUCACAGUCAUACAGCGGAAGUUAUAAGAAAGAGGAAAGAAGUACUGAAGGAGGAGAAGCAACUGGACCGCAUACAGGCCAAGAGAAACUUGGACUUUCUGGACAUCCUUCUCUUUGCCAGAGAUGAGAAGCAGCAGGGUCUGUCAGAUGAAGAUUUACGAGCAGAAGUGGACACCUUCAUGUUUGAGGGCCAUGACACUACAGCAAGUGGCAUCUCUUUCAUCCUCUACUCUCUUGCCUGCCACCCAGAACACCAGAAGAUUUGCAGGGAAGAGAUCCUUGAGGCUCUGCAUGGCAAGGACACCAUGGAGUGGGAGGAUCUUAGUAAAAUUCCAUACACUACAAUGUGCAUAAAAGAAUCUCUCCGUCUUUACCCUCCUGUACCAGGAAUAUCCAGAAACACCACCAAACCUAUGACCUUUUUUGAUGGAAGGACUCUGCCUGCAGGUUGUCAUGUUGGAACAAGUGUGUAUGGGAUUCACAGGAAUGCAGCUGUAUGGGAAAACCCUGAUGUCUUUGACCCACUGCGCUUCCUACCAGAGAAUGUCUCCAAGAGGUCACCUCAUGCAUUUGUGCCCUUUGCAGCUGGGCCGAGAAACUGCAUUGGUCAGACCUUUGCCAUGAAUGAGAUGAAAGUGGUGAUAGCUCUGACACUGAAGAGGUAUCAGCUGAUAGAGGACCCCACUUGGAAACCCAAGAUCAUUCCUAGACUGGUGCUCCGCUCACUCAACGGCAUACACAUUAAGAUCAAACCUGUAGAAAUGUAAAGGGAGAUAACUGCAGGCAAUGCUGUAACACUGGAAAUUUCCUUUUUUAAAUGAGGGAAUAAUUUGAGUUGAAGUAUCUCAAUUUCUCAUAUUUUACUAAGCUUUUACACUAACAGAAUCUAAAAGAUAGCAAUAAAUUGGUAAAGUAUUUUAAUAAGUGACUAUGCCUUGGAGGAAUUACUUGCUUAAUAAGAAGUUGCAUUUUUUGCAUGUUUGUUUUUCUCUUUUUCUAAAACACAUUUUAAAAUUAGACAUAUUUGCACUUUCUAUGUUAUGACUUUUAUUUUGGUAGGCACCUAAUCAGUUUGUGACAAAUAUAGAAAUAUAAUAAUAAUGUUUUCCUUUCUUUAUUUGUAAAUAUAUGAUCCAGUAAUAUUUUGUUUUUUUUUUUUACUUUUAGUAGUGGAUGAUGGGUACACCAGGUCAAAGACAAUUUUUAUAGAGUCCAUUUAUAUUUUGCGUGACCUUUUCUGUGUUCAUGUUAAUUAGUGUGAAAAUUCAAUUGUUUUGAAUUCAAUAAUAACUAAACAUUAACAAAGUUUAUUGCCUCUGGGUGAAGAUUCACACUUGACCUGAAUGUGAUUUUUUUGUGUUCCAUGAACUCAGUUAAAUCAGGUCCAAAGUUCUCCUCAGACAUCUGUUUACCUCCACACUACAGUCUAAGGAAGGUGUGGUAUUUAACACAAUAGGCUCUAAAUGCACUGCAUAACCUUUGCUCUCAGUCUAUGCUGUUGCCUAAUAUACCUUCAAAGCAUUUGCCCUAAGAUGACCUUUCAUCAGGCAUAUAUUUGAAAUUAAUAUCAGAGCAAGUACGAUGCAACAAUACUUAAUCACAGCUGUAGAGUUGAGUCAAAAGUAAUUCAUUUUUUAUUUACAGUUAAUGAUUACAAAAUCCACAGGCCCACAAGGACAAAACGUCACCAGCACAGUUUGUAGAAAUGGAACACCUCGUCUAAUCCAUCACUUAUUUAAAGAUCCCAUGAAAUGGCCACUUGAUCGUCACAGAAAACUGCUCUUCAUGGAAAGCAGUGCAUCUUUAUGGGCGACCCCCUGCCUGCUCUUUCAACUCAACUCACCUUUCUAACAGAACAACUACACCAGUUUACACUAAGCUUGAUACUUCACUAUCUAAUUUCCCACCUAACAACUUCCUUCAAAAGGAAAUGCAAACGGGUAUAGUGGCGGCCUUGUGGUUAAAAUGCACACCGUACUGUAACCACAGUGUCUCAGGUGUGAUUACAAUUGGUGACCUUUUUUGCAGGUCAUUCCCUCCACUCUCUCUCUGCCUUCAUUUCCCAUCAUCUCUCUGCUGUCUACCCGUGAAUAAAAGCAAAAUCACUCCCAAAUAAGUAAUAGUACCAUUUCAUGGGACCUUUAUUUGACUUGGAGUGCUAUAUAUUCCUGCUACUGUGUGCAAAGACACAGUUCCUAUGUCUCAGUUCAGUUGAGGAAAACAAAAUAUGAACAGUAUACUAUAUAAACUGCACUGUACUCUGUUGCCUGUGAAAGAUGUUAACAUGGAACAUGGCUGUUAAAACUUCAUAAAUCCAAA